AUGUCUGCGGCGCAACAUCCCAUUUUUAAUGAACAAAAGAUGACUUCUGACAUUGUCCUUAAAGAGCGCGUAGACACAGAAUUGACACCAAAGAUGUGGGAGUUUUUGGGUCCUUUUCCGACUGGAACACGUGAGCAAGACUUUGGCGCGGAUCCUUUGGAAGCUUAUGGUGGAUUUGCCAACAUCACUUUUUCGGAAACUCACACAUUUCCAUCAGAGCUAGCGGAUAACGGAACUGUAGGUUGGUCAAGGAUUAACACCAAUUCGGAUGGAUCAGUUGGUCCAAUUUAUUUUAACAAUAUAAGGGUUCCCCUUGGAUGGGCUAUGAAUCAAUUCCAAAUGUGGGCAAGAGGAUACUUUGAGCUUUCCCCCAAGGUUAACGAUGAUUCCAAAACGAUUCCAAUAUUAAUACAAUGCCAACCUAUUGGUGACUUUUAUGUGGACGACCGAAGGUUAUUCGGUGAUUGGUAUGGUUACGAGAAGUCAUGGCAUGUGUUACACCUUCGGCCCGGAAGACACGUUGUUAACGUCCGUGCGGUGUACGAAAUAAGGGCAUUUGGUGGAGGCAUACCGCCGGCUCUUAAAUUUAAAUGUUUGAUGCGAAGAUUGAGAACGGAUGAAAUGGGUGUGAUGAUGUUGGAUCGCACCAUUGUUGUACCUGACUUGGUAGGCGGACGCUUGGCGGGAAAAUACAUAAACAUCGCGCUACUAAAUACUCAUGAAAAACAGUGGAUCACUGUAUCCAAAGUAUAUGUUGUCAGUAGUAAUGUUAAGAUCACGGCAUCAAUUGUCGAGCAUAGAAACAAUAAUGUUUCGAAUCCGGGAGUGAGACUUGCCCCAUCACAACAACGCAAUAUUAGGAUUCAGAUGAAGAUUGAUUCUCCGGUGUUUAGAGGAAUGACGAUAUUCUUUAAAUUACAAUUUGUCGUAUCUACAAAGACCGAGGGUCAUAACACUUACUGGAUGAUAACUACGGAUCAAAUAACAAUUCGUAAUAAAGAUUUUGGGGAAAUAUAUAAGUUUACUUUUAAAGAUUUUGAUGGAACAGUUCAAUAUGGUGAGAAAUUAUGGAAAGCUCAAGAUCUCUCAAAAUCGUGUCGUCCUAAGAAGUGCCCAAUUUUAGUUGCCUUACAUGGCGCAGGGGCUGAAGCCGAAGAUAACUUUUGGAUCUCUGCCUAUAAAAAACAAAAAAAUGCUUGGGUACUCCUACCUACUGGAAGGACACCAUGGGGUUAUGAUUGGCAUGGUCCGAGCUUGCGAAAUAUUCACGCAGCCAUAAAGACUUUGGCCACACGCUUGCCGGGAGUUCCGAAGCAUGAAAAACGCACCAUCAUUCCCGAUCCUAAAAAACUAUUCGUUUCAGGUCAUUCAAACGGUGGUCAGGGAGCGUGGUUCUUUAUAUCGCAUUUUCCGGAUUUGGUUGUUGCGGGUACACCAGUUGCCGGCUUUUCAAAAAUUCAGAAUUAUGUACCUUAUCACUGGAAUGGCGAAGCACACGUAGACCCAAUUCUCCGAGGGAUUCUGGAAUCAUCCAUAUCAGAAUUUAACAAUGACCUAUAUUCAUCAAAUUUGGUAGGCAUUCCAAUAUUAGCCCGCACAGGUGCAGAUGACGAUAACGUCCCUCCUGUGCAUUCUCGUAUGUUGAUCAGGUUAAUCAAUGAACAUUCGGGAAAUCCACAUGCAGCAAACCUCUCCGAAGUUCCGGAUCAAGGCCAUUGGUUUGAGGAUGCUAUGAAUGAUGACGCGAUGCAACGAUUCCUGGAUGAACAUCUAAAUAUUUCGCAUGAUAAAGAAGAAAAGUUACCGCCGUCUAAGAAAUUUACAGUCUCAUUAUUAAACCCCGCAAGUUUUGGAAGCAAAGGAGGUAUCCAAAUAGAGCAAUUAGUGAUCCCAUUUAGGCUGGGUAAAUUAAAUGUGCAGAUGGACGUAAGAGAAAACGGUCAAAUAAAGUGGAAUAUAAAGACAUCCAAUAUUCGUCGAUUUAGAUUUGUCCCUAGUGAUAAGUUCAUGUUGGUCAUAAAGAACGUCGAAAGAAUUAUGAUCGAUGGAAUAGAAUUUGAUUCGAAUCAUUUUACGUCAGAUGGAUAUUUCGUAAAAUCUAAAAAUCAUACUUGGAAGUUCGAUAGUAAUACCAAAUGGCUUCAUAAGGAGAGACAUCCGUUGACCUACGGUCCAGCGCAUCAAAUCCUCGAAUCCUCGCAGCCAUUGAUAAUAGUUAUUGGAACAAAACAUAAAUCACAGAAUAAUGGCUCCAGAUUUUUGGAAAUAGCACAAGAAAUAGCUCAUAGUUGGUAUCUCUACGGCCGGGGAGAUUCUGAAAUUUUCUAUGACGAAGAAAUAUUAAUUGAAGGCAAUAAAAUUGGAGGGCGCAUGAGGGGGAAUCUAGUAUUAUUGGGCGGUCCAUUAGAAAAUCAUAUUACACACUUGUUGUUGAAAGAAAGAAAUAGCGAGGUCAUAUUCGACAAAGAUGGCUCCUUCUCUUUAAAACACGCCAAGUUUUCCGAUCCAGGAAUAGGAAUUUUAUUUCUACAUCCAUUUAAAAGAUCCCAAUUGGCGCUAAUUAUAGCGGGAACAGAUGUCAAAGGUUUGGAUCAAGUCUCCAAAUUAUUCCCGAAAAGGACAGGGGUUCCCGUACCUGACUGGAUUAUAACUGGACCGGAAGUUGCCUGGAAAGGAAUUGGUGGAAUACUCGGUGCCGGAUUUUGGAAUAAUAAGUGGAGAUUCGAUGAUUCAAUUGGAUAUUUAGCAUGA